AUGUCUUCCAAACCCACUUCUAGCAUGGCCACUCUGUUCCAUGACCACAAAUCCUAUCCAAAUAUAGGCAAUAUCACGGCUCUCGCUGGUGCUGCCAUUGCAAGUGCUGAUCCCAAAUCCUCAGGGCCAGCCACUUCCACUCCACAAAAUGCUCCUGAAAUUUCACUGAUUCAGGAGAUUAAAGAUUUCUUGGCAACAGCAGAGGGUGGGGAGGUCUUCUGUCGACCAUGCGCCUUACAGGAGUUUGAAAUCUUUAUUCACAAGGCCAAGGAGGGGCUCUUUGGCCUUGAUGGCAAGAAAAUCAAACUGAGUUAUAUGGAUGGUGGUGUCAUCAUGCAAUGGCCUUCCUUUCUGCAUGAGGCAAUUUCUCCUAUCCUGAUGGCAGCCAGGGGGUGGGGUGAGCUCCCUGAGACCCUCGUCAGGUCAUGUGGGGUGCCAACAAUCCGUUUGUUUGAUGGUGAGGAAUACAAGGUUCCUGAUCAUGCCUUCUUUUACAACAGUGUCCCCGGAUUGUCAUCUGCUGAACCAAUGGUCAUCUUUGAGAUUACUGUUGCCCAAGCCCAUGGCUCUGUAAAUUAUGUUGCAGCAAAGUGGCUCACGGGAACCUAUGGCUCAGUUCAUCUGGUGAUUACCAUUAACAUCAACCUCAAAAUGUCCCCAAACCCCCAGGGAUUAAAAAAUAAGAAGGGGGAGAUAAUCAGGUUGAAGGAACUCAAAGAACUUUCAGUGGAAUCCUGGGCAUCUAUCGCACAUGACUCACUGCUGCUAGAGGACAAGGAAGCAAAGGGAAGAAUAGCCAACCCCAAGAUCAUUGCGACAGAAUAUUAUGCCAUUGAGGAAGGCCUAGAGGGCUCAUCCUGGACAUGUCAGAUAUUUGCUGUCCAUAAUCCAUAUAAGGUGUACUCAGACUCCAAUACACUGACCAACUCCAAUAUGCUGACCAUGACACCAAACAUUUUAUCCUCUAACAGCCCUGCUUCUGAUCCUGACAGUCCUACUCCUGACAGUCCCGCUCCAGCUCCCCCCGAAUUAUCAGCAAUGCCUGCUUCAAAGAGGAUAGAAUAUCCUAACCACCUCUUCUUGAAGAGAGUGCCAGCUCAUGUUGACCCAGAUGCGACAAUAUUUUCAUUACCUCUAGAUGACCUAUUGGAAUGUGUCCAGGCAGCCAUCAAGCAUGAAAAUAUCCAAUCUCUAAAAGAUGGGGAAAAGAGGACCAUUGAGGACACCAACAAGUUGGCCAAGGUGUCACUGCUCAAAUUUGUGUCAAAGAUGCAAGGGGGGCAGCCAGCUGUGCCCAAGAUCAAGGUGGAGGUCAGGCCUGACAAGAAGUGUCAUGGGAAUUGA